GACUUGACACAAAUGGUUAGAAAAGUGUGAGCGACCAGCCAGACAGCGCACUCUCGCUUGACUCUUCUGGCUGUCCCCUGAUCCACUGCCGUCAUGAACUUGAAGCUCCUCUUCGUUUGCCUCUUCUUAGCAGCGCUCGUUAUACCUGCUGAACUGAAACCUAAACACAAGAAACAUCGUCAUCGUGACCAUCAUGGUCCUGACCACCCUGGACAUCAGAAACUCAGCAAGAGAGCAAAAUAUGAUGACAUAAUUAAAGAUGUUUUCUUUGAGAUCAUAGAGUCAGUUAGUGGUGAUGAUGAUGAUGAAGACGAAGAAAGUAAUGCAGACUGGUUCUAUGACCUUCAAGUGGACAAAUGCGACCCAAAUCCUUGCCUCAACAAUGGUGUUUGUGAGGAGAAAGGCAAGAAAGGCAAGAUCAAAUGUGAUUGUCCCAGGCCGUUCAAGGGAAGGAGAUGUGAAAAAGGUCCAAAACACUGUAGGAGAGGUAUAUGUGGGCGUGGUGAAUGUGUUCUGAUUCCAACUCCUCCGUUCUUUGAGUGCAAGUGCAAAGUGCCCUUCCAGCCUCCCCGCUGCAGAACUGUUUCACUGUGUGAGCCUAGCCCAUGUAAGAAUGGUGGAACAUGCGUCAAGGACGGUAAUGACUUUGACUGCCAGUGCCCUCCGGGGUACAGGGGACGUUUCUGCCAUGUUGGUCCCAAUGACUGCUACGUGGGUGAUGGAGAGUCGUACCGUGGCAAUGUGAGUGAGACAGAUGAUGGUCACGAAUGCCUCUACUGGAACUCUCAGUUCAUCCUGGAGAAAGGAGCCGAUCCCUUUGACUCCUUCGAGGACAAAGAUGGACUUGGCCCUCACAACUUCUGCAGAAACCCAGACGGAGAGCUGAUGCCGUGGUGCUUCUUCCGAAGAGGCCGCAGGUUGUUGUGGGACUACUGUGAUGUGACAGAGUGUCCCGUACCAACAGGUGUGGUGCCAACCGGUGUUGUCCCUCCAAGCCCAGAUCCUACUGCUCCAAAGCCCCAACCUACAACACCUCAACCCACAGCGCCUCGGCCUUCAACAUCUCAACCCACAGCAGUCCCCGAGCCAGCGACUACCAAACCCCCGACAACUGGGCAGCCCACCCAGGCUCCACAGCCUUCUUCUACCACCCCCGGUGCUUCUGUCAUUCCGAGUGCCACCCUUCCACCACAGCAGUUCUCCACGUGUGGCAACGCUCAGCCGAAAAGGGCCAUAACCCGAAUCAUUAGUGGUCUAAAGGUCUCUCCCGGGGCUAUACCCUGGCAGGUGUCUAUUCAAGUGAGACCACAGAACUCAAACCUGCCGUUCAAACACACGUGUGGAGGAGUUCUCAUCAAGAGCUGCUGGGUACUGACAGCUGCACACUGCAUUGAACCAAACAAGGACAUGGAGGUGGUCAUGGGAGGUCUGUCACUGAAUAUAGACGAAUCCACAGAGCAAACCCUGAGAGUUGAAGAGGCUAUUAGGCAUGAGAACUACAGGGAGACUCCUUCAGCUGUUUACAAUGACAUAGGCUUGUUGAGGCUGAAUGGUAUCAACGGAGUUUGUGCCAAUGAGACCCAGUUUGUGAAGACGGCCUGUCUGCCUGAUGCUCGGCUGCCUGAUGGGACGGAGUGUAAAAUAUCUGGAUGGGGUGCCACUGAGGAAUUUGAAUAUGGUUCUAACCAUUUACUGUCGGCCAAUGUACUGCUGAUCAACCAGGAGAAGUGCAUGGAGCCUGUUGUUUAUGGCAGUGUCCUGGAUAAUUCUAUGUUCUGUGCUGGCCACCUGCAGGGAGGGGUGGAUUCCUGUCAGGGUGACUCUGGAGGACCACUGACUUGUAAGCAAAAUAAUACCAGCGUUGUCUACGGCAUUGUGAGUUGGGGAGACCAAUGUGGAAUGAAAAACAAGCCUGGGGUCUACACACGGGUCACUAACUUCCUGGACUGGAUCAAGUCAAAGACUCAGGCAGCAUCUACAUAAGCAACCUUAAUUACUCAGCAACAUGCCAGUAAGUUUAGUCAAGGACUUGUUUAUUUACAGAGCAGGUAUUACUUUUCCCAAUUCAGCUUUGGGAUUUUGUGCACUUGUACCUGUUUUUUUGCUUAUCAGGUCUGUAACAUCAUCUUUAUGUUGAGAUGCUGCUCAUUAAAACUUAAAAAACAAAAAAUUUUA